AUGUUUUUGGAUUUAUGCGAACCUUGUCAACAAAAACAAAAAAGUGCGAAAAAAGGGCUUGUUGUAAAGCCGAUUAUUUCAUCACAUUUCAAUAGCAGAUGCCAGGUAGAUCUCAUCGAUUACGAAUCUCAACCAGAUGGAAAGUUUAAGUUUCUUCUCGUAUACCAAGAUCACUUAACAAAAUUUGUUGUAUUAAAGCCGCUUACAUCAAAACAGGCUGAUGAAGUAGCCUAUAACUUGCUUGAUAUUUUUCUCCUUUUUGGUGCUCCAAGUAUUUUGCAUUCUGAUAAUGGACGUGAAUUUUGUAAUAAAAUCUUAGAAUGUGUAACACAGUUGUGGCCAGAAAUCAAAAUGGUUAAUGGCAAACCUAGACACAGCCAAGGUCAAGGAAGUGUAGAACGAGCAAGUCAAGACAUUGAAAACAUGCUAACUACUUGGAUGACUGAUAAUCAAACUAACAAGUGGAGUGAGGGUGUACGAUUUGUACAAUUCAUGAAGAAUCGUGCCUAUCAUUCUGCAAUUAAAAAAAGUCCAUACGAAGCCAUGUUCGGUUGCCCCGCAAAAGUGGGAUUGUCUUCUGCUAUUAUACCACAAAGUGUAUUACAUUCAAUAAAUACUGAAGAAGACCUUGAAAAAUUAGAAGAUUUACAAGAGAAUUAUUCUUUGGAAUGUAUGCAAUACGGAAAAAAGAAGGAUAAGUGUACCUUCUCAUCAGUAAAACAACUGGAAGGCAAUGCGGCAGAGUUAACAGUGGCAAGAUUUUCAGUUUCGAUACCUGAUACCAAUACUGGCCAGUAUUGA